GCCUACCACAUUCAGCUCGGAUAAUUUUCAGAUAAUGGGUAAUGUUUAUUCCAAAUUGGACAAAGAAGCUGGACUUAAAAAUGGGUCAGACUCAAAGCGAUGAGGAUGAAGAAGUGAAACUAGCAGAUAUCCAGCCUCUUUACGCUCUUUAUAUGAAAGUGUGCCCAAGCGGAGCUUUGCAUCUUCAUGAAUUUCGCAAAAUCUUCGGGGUUCAGAGCACAUCGGAGGAUGAGGCGCUGUUCAUGGAAACAAUAUUCAAAUCAUUUGACACAAACAGGGAUGAUGUCAUUGACUUUAUGGAAUUCGUAGCAGCUGUCCAUCUGGUACUGAGAGGAAAUCUAGAGGACAGAUUGAGGUGGUCCUUUAAAGUCUAUGACAGAGAUGAAAAUGGAAAGUUGGAUAGAGAAGAGGUCAAGCAUAUCAUAAAGAUCAUAUGCCAAAUACGAAGAAAGGCCAAUAACAUGACACCCAAAGAAAUUUGUGAUAGGAUAUUUGAUCUUUUGGAUGAAAAUAAAGAUGGUCAAAUAUCCCUGUCAGAGUUCAUGGAAGGUGCACAAAAAGACGCUUGGAUUAUGGACCAACUCAAACUGGACAUCAAUGCACGUGGUUGGUUCAAUGAAAACUGGGGGAAAAAAACAUGAGUCUCCUAUCUAAGGUCAAGACCCAAGGGUCGUAUGUUUGCCCUUUAACAAUCUUUCAAAUGCUGAGGUCUGCAAACUGGAAAGGAGGUCAGAAAAUAUUUGCUGUGGGUCACAUGGGAGGAUGUGUCUCGUUGGACAUUGAUCACAAUGAACAACAGCCGGUCUGGAUUUCUUCAAGUGCAUUCCAACCCAAUAGUUUCCUGGGUGUGGUGUUGGAGCUGAUUUUGUUUAUGACUGUUGGAUAUACUGUAAAACUGCUGGUCCCAGAGGAGAACACAACUGCUAUUACUGUCUGGUCCCCGGGGCUGUCAACUCAUGGGGCCAAUAGCCUCAAAACUAAAGCCCAAUAAUGGAUGCAAGUUCCUGUCAUCGGGCCAAAACCCAUGCAGUGUUGCCAUUAAACUUUAUCUGCUGCUGCAGGUCAAAACGUCACACGUCUCACCCCACAAUGUUUCAAGUUAGACAUAGUUAUUGUUAUAAAGUUGUUAUUAUUAUUAUAGAGACUCUAUGCCAAAUGUUUUCUUUAAUCAGUUGUAUUUGACCGUACACAUUGUAGCUCAUGGGAUUAAUUUGUGUUAAACUGUGUGUUUAUAUUUAUGUGUUUUUAUUAUUAUUUUUAUAUUAAGCAAAAAGGGUGCUCUUAAAGGUGCUUCAUAUUCAUUUUUUUCAUAGUUAAUAUGUUUUUACUUCCAUGUUCAGUACCUCCAGAAAAAUGUGAUUAUGCGACCACAUGAUUCAAUGCGUAACCAGCCAAAGUCCGCAUAUUUAUGCAGGGGGCGCAUUUUUUAAAUACGCCAUACUUUUGCUGCAUAAAUUGCAGAUUUCUGCUAGCAAAAUAUGCAGGGCUUGCACGAUUUAAUAAUCUCCGCAUUUUCGUAGCAAAAAAGUCAUGUAUAUCUUAGCAGAAAGGUGCAAAAUAUUACAUUUGCUUCACACAUGUGCAGCCAUGUCCCCUGUUGUCAUGGGCAGUGUUGGGGGUAACGCAUUACAAGUAAAGUGCAUUAUGUAAUAAUAUUACUUUUCUAAAGUAACGAGUAAAGUAACGCAUUACUUUUAAAUGUACACAUUAAUAUUUGAGUUACUUGUAAGUAAUGCCAGUUACUUUUUUAGUUUAAUUAAUUCGAUAAAAAAAUGAUGUACUGAAUUAAACUAAACAUAGUCACAUUAUGUACAGUUUGAGUCAGAAACUGAGAUGGCAGGCCAGAGUUUGACAGUUUUGUGAUGAGAGAUGCAAUUUCUGACUGCAGAACUUUUCAGUCAUAAAAAACACCUGCAAGGCCUGAAAGAGAUCAAGCCUCAGCCAAGAAAAAUAACGCAAAAGUAACUAAAAAGUAACGUAAGCAUUACUUUCAAUGAAAAGUAACUAAGUAAUGCAAUUAGUUACU